AUGUUGAGCAGAGCAGCCAAGGUUCGCUUCCGCGACGAGAACCAGACCACCGCGGAGGAGGCCCUCAAGGACGCGAUGAACAAGCGACCCCUCAAGCGCGCCAAGCUUCCCGCGACCAGCGAUGCGGCGGCGACCAAGAAGCGUGCGGCGCUCGGGGAUCUCUCCAACACUUCGUCCAUCCUCGGUGCCGCUCUCAAUGGCGCGAAGAAAUCCGCGCUCGAGUCGUCUACCACCAAAUCGGCCAAGGUAACCCUCACCAUCUCGGACAAGGAGAACUCGACCAAGGGCCUCAACGACAAGGAGCGUGCACUUCGAUCAACGGUCGCUGGACUCACCACGUCGCUCGGUAAGACAUCCUCCACCCUCGGGCUUCCUCGCGCUACCAUCAAGGGACCCUCUGCUACAUCGACCGUGCUCAAGGCGGCCACCAGCUCGUCGAAUAUGACGACUUCGGGCGCAUCUCGAACGCUUCUCAAGGCCAAGCGGGCGACAUCGGCCGUCGUGCAGGUCAAAUCGUCGACUCAGUCGACUCGCCUCGUCGCCUCGGAGAAGAUCCGCCACACGAGCCGCGAUGAGAUGGAGGUAGUGCUCGACAAGAGCAAGGAGGAGAUGAGCGAGGAAUCCGAAUCCGAAUCCGAAGAUGAGGAGACGUCGGCGGGAGCGAACAAGACCGUCAUCCACCGAACGAUCAGAUCAGAUGAUACCGAGAGCUCGGAGGAGGCCGCCGCGCAGCAGCGAGAGCCGCGUCUGUCGACGACCCACCUCUUGAGCAACAUCUUCGCCGGGGUCGAUCUCGAGGAGGUCGAGGACAUCGACGCCGACGACAGGGACGACCCGCUGCAGUGCAUCGACCUGGUCGACGACAUCUUCACCGUCCUGCGCCAGCGUGAGAUCAAGGAGCGACCCAACCCCAACUACAUGAGCCUCCAGCAGAGCAUCAACGCCAAGAUGCGAGGCAUCCUCGCCGACUGGAUGAUCGACGUGGGCUCCACCUUCACGCUCCUCUCCGAGACCGUCUUCCUCGGCGUGCGCCUGAUGGACAUGUUCCUCUCAAGGAAGCAGGUCUCGCGCGAGCGCAUGCAGCUGGUCGGCAUCGCCUCCCUCGUCAUCGCUUCCAAGUUCGAGGAGAUCCGCUCGCCCUUCAUCGAGGACUGGAUUUGGAUCUCGGACGAGGCCUACACUCGCGACCAGAUCCUCCGCAUGGAGAAGAUCAUGCUCGAGGUUCUCGACUUCAACAUGGGCACUCCCACUCCUCUCCACUUUCUCCGACGGUUCUCCAAGGCUGCAAGGUCAGACGCGAUGACGCACACUCUUUCCAAGUACCUCACCGAGCUGAGCAUGCCCGAGUACACGAUGCUGCGCUUCUCUCCGUCCACCAUCGCCGCUGCGGCUGUCUUCCUCGCGAGGAAGAUGACUGGCAAGUCGCCCACCUGGAACAAGACGCUUCAGCACUACACCAAGUAUGCCGCUAGCGACCUGACCCAGUGCGCGAUGAUGCUCAACGAGCUUCACACGUCGCCAAAGGAGGGAACGGACCUCUGGUUCGUGGCGGUCAAGAAGAAGUAUGCCAACGAGGGGCUCCUCGCGGUGUCGACCAUCCCCGGCACGACGUUCGACUAG